GUGACUGAACCAGGAAGUGAACUCCUGUCCGAAAUUUCAAUAGGCGAAAGAUCCUUUUUUUUCUUUCUUUUUUUUUUUUUUUGACUGUACAAGAUGCACAGAUAUUGUCUUAUUAGUGAUUAGGUAUAAUGGUAGCAGGAUUACAGGGCAGUGAAUAUAAUUCACAGGUUGUCCAGUUAAUGAACAUUCGGCUGCAGGAGAGUGGGGAAAAUAGACACCAUACGAUAUGCCAGCUCUUACAAUGUCAGAGAUCGAGGACUGUCAAAGACGCUUUCAGGCGGCUGUCGACGUCAUUCAAAGCCUACCCAAAAAUGGUUCCUACAGACCCUCUUAUGAAGUGAUGCUGCGGUUUUAUGGUCUAUACAAACAGGCAGUCUGUGGCCCAUGUACAGUGUCACGCCCUGGAUUCUGGGACCCUGUAGGCCGUUACAAAUGGGAUGCUUGGAACCAGCUUGGAGAUAUGAGUAGAGAGAAUGCCAUGACUGCUUAUGUGAAUGAAAUGAAGAAAAUUGCACAAGAGGUCAUAGACACCAUGCAAAUCAAUGAGAAGACUGCAUCCUUUUUUCACUAUUUUGAACCUCUCUAUCAUGUCAUUCAUGAUAUGCCCAGACCUCCAGAGGCACUUUUAUCUCUCAGAUCAGAUGUAAAUGCCGGAGAACCAACUGACAGUUGGGCUGAUCAUGAAAUGGAGAGGGCAACUCAAGAACCAGCUCUUCAACUGGAGGACAGAGGGAUGAUCCCUGAAAGUGAACUUCAAGCUGAUAGCACAGAGGCACCUGUGUCAGAGGUUCAGGGGCCAACUAGUGACUCAGAAAGUGAAAUAUUCUGUGACUCAUUGGAUCAGCUGGACACUGUUAAGCCUAUUGCAAUGCCAGAUGGCAAUAGCAGUUCCCAAAAUGACGAUGCACACAUUGAGACCUCUGGAAUCCAGGAGAAUCAUUACAACCCUCUCUCUCAGGUGACUCAGAUCGGUGCCGGACAUGGUGGUGAGGGGGCAGAAGAUCGGCAUGGUCCUCCCAAGAGAAGGAGAACCACAGGGAGAGAGGGGAUGCAGCAGGGCUGGAGGGACCCCUCCGGUUAUAUGGUUCCCCGCAAUGCUAGGAGGGUGGAGCAGCUUGCCUCAGGGGCUGGUUCAGGGCAAGGGGGCAGAGAUGAUUCUAAGGGUGGGCCUGACAGGUUACAGAACAGCCAGGUGCAGCAGCAGAUUAUUCUAGCCUUGCAACAACUCAGAGAGGACAUGCAGAGCAUCAUGCGACGACUAGAGUUGGUUGAAGACCUUGCAACUGCAAAUGCUCAAAGUUCACAGCGGAGAUCCCAUUUACAUUUGACAGCUGCAGAAACUGAGGAGAAAUGGUGGCCAUUUGACAUCUCUGGACGUACAUUACUGCUGUUGUUAAUGUGGCCUUUUGUGACUCAGGCACUGAUGUUUCUACUGAGAUGGAGGAAGAGAAAGAUUAAUGUGUGCUUAUGAGUUUACUGAGUUCAAAAUGAAAGUAGAAGUCACAAUGAUAACUAAUUAAUUGUGACCUAGCGUUCAGUGCUUUAAAUGUAGCACUUUGUUAGCAUGAGGUGAAGAGAGGAAGAUCUCAUAUCUCUGAAAUCUGAUGAUUUAAUCUUGUAUGAACAAGAUAACUGCAGUGCUUAGAGAUACCCUGGAGUUAAUUAUUUUAUUUUAUGGCCAUGAUGUGUUCCAUUGUAAUUCUGUAGCCAUAUGUAGAAACUUUGUCAAUAAUGUAUUAAUAUACAUAAUAUUGUACUUUGAAAAUAACUCAUGUUUAUUAGUUUCUUUGUGCUGAUGGUUGAAUUUGAUAUUGUAAAUGCCAUCUGCACCACAACACAGUAUUACGGUUCUACUGAUUUGGUUUGUAGGAUGUUGCACUUUGUAGAACUGACUGAAAAAUGUAUGCAAUCAAAAAAGCCUUAAAUAAAUACAGGGGCCUUCAUGCUGGGAAUGUGUAGAAGCUAUAGCUCGGAUAUGAGAAAAAAGAACCAGCAUAUUCUGACCAUGUUCUAUAAUGAAGGAAUACACAUAAAUAAACUAAAACAAAUGGAUUUUAUAUAAUGGUCACCCAUUUGUUACUGUAUUAUUAAACAUACAAAGCAGUUGUUCACAGACAUAACUUAUGUUUGCCGGGUUGUUUACUUUGCAACAACUGAGUUGAAAUGAGUACUAGAUUAGUAACACCUAGGGGAGUAAAUUAAACUAAAUCCAUCUCUUCAGGAACUACUAUAUUAGAUUUAUUUAUCUAGGUAAAUCUCAGGUACUGCCCUAUCGACACAGUGGAAUUAAACCAAGUUAUCGAGACUCUUCGGUUCUUCAUGUGAUUGUUGCCAUCCACAAAAACACCAACACCAGUUCUCUCCAAAGUCUGUGUUUUGCAAAUGCAUUUAUAUGAACCUUUUCAACACUACUGAAUAAAGAUGGCAAGAGUGCAA